UGGCGAAUGACAAAAACAUCCGGUUAGCUUGAGGGAGGAAGUGGGCAGACACGGAGUUGUGUUAAACACCGGCUUCAAAAAUGUCUGUCUUUAAGAGAUUUCGCGGAAAGAAGGACACUAACACUGAGCAGGAUUCAUCCCCAACCCUUGCCAGCCGCUUUUCCUUCCCCAGUUUCAAUCGCACACAGUCACAAUCCCAGCCCGUUGAAGCAGAAUCUCCCAGCAUCGAUGAAGCACAGGGCUUUCUGUGUCCCAUGUGUAUGCAGUCGCUCAGGUCAGCUGAGGCGUUGCAGAUGCACUUUGACAUAGAGCACGGCGAGACGGAUCAACUCAAGGACCAGGGAGAGGGCUUCCUCUGCCCGAUCUGCAAGAAGUCGUUGUCCUCCCCCGAGGAACUGACGGAACACUACCAGUCAAUCCACGAGAGCCCGGGGGGACCCACAGAGAAUAGAAACAGGAGAGAUGGUGAUGUGUUGGCCCUGAGACAGGAGAUCGAGGACCUGAGGGCGUCCCUGAAGGAGGAGAAGUGGUACACUGAUGAACUCAAGAGGGAGCUGGAGAAGCAGCAGCAGAACGGAGAGGUUCCUGAUGCCCUGUCUGCCGAGACAAAGAAUGAGCUGGAAUUGUUGCGGAUGCAGCUGAAAGGCUCAGAAGAGAGUAGAACCCUCUUGAGUUCCGAGGUGCACCACCUCCAGGCACAGAUGUCAGAGGUCACAGGUCAACUGACGGCUGUGAAGGAGGAGAAGGGGAGGAUUGAACAGAAGACAGCGCAUCUGGCUGGUGAAAUGGUGAGUGUGAAGGCCAAGGCUGAUGAGAGCGAAGGUCAGAGGGCAGCGCUGGAGGACCACAUCCGGACACUGAAGGUUCAGCUGGAUGAGAAGGAUAGCUAUGUUAGAAGUGUGGAGUCCCAGUUGUCCCAGAGGCCCGGGGCUGAUGAUGUUCUGGUGCUGAAGCAGGAACUCAUCAGUGUUCAGACUCUGAUGGACAAGAUGACUCUGGAGAGGGAGAAGGAGAAGGAUGACCUGGAGCGGGACUACAAGGCCCUGAAGGAGAAGUACCAGGAAUCUGAUGUGAAGAUGAAGGAGCUGAAAGUUGAGCUGGAGAAGGCGCCCAAACUGGAGGAGGUGGCACACCUUCAGACUGCUCUGAGUGAGCGAGACUCAGGAUCUCAGCACCUGACCUCCAGUCUGCAGCAAAAGGAAUCCGAGAUCAGAGACCUCAUUGAGCACAAGGCGAAGCUGACCCAGCAGCUUGAGGAUGUGAGACUGGCAUCGGGGGACCAGCAGACAGCCAUCAGCAAGAUGCAGGACGACUACACCAGUCUGGAGGAGGAGAAGCGCAACCUGGAAAACAAACUGCGCACCACCGAGGCCAACAUCGCAGAACUCGGACAGGAUCUUGAUAAGCUGCAUGGCAAGCUGGAAGAGGUGCAGCUGCAGCUGACAGAAAGAACCAGUCAGCUGUCUGAGCUGCAGUCUGCCCUGGAUGAGAGAGAGGCUAAGAUUAGCCAAUCAGAGCAGGAGAACCAGAUGAGGACUGGGAAGCUUUCUGAGGUUGGGGAGGAUCUUAUCAAGACUCGCAAGGUUGUGCAGGAGAAGGAGAAGGCCUUGGCAGAUCUCCAGAAGCAGCUGUCCGAGUCCAAGUCCGACUUCCAAGACCAGCUCCACCAGAAGGAGCAGCUGGUCAACGACCUCAAACUCAACCUGGAGAAGAUGGAGGCAGCUGUGGAGACUAAGGUGUCGGAGAUCAACGACCUCAACCAGCAGCUAACACAUGUACACAAACAGUACGAGGAUGAGGUGCAUGUGUGUGACGAAAUGCGGGGGGAGCUGAGAGACACCCAGGCUAAACUGGAGGAGGAAUCAAGGAGGGGAGAGUCCAGAGAGAGUCAGUGUGCGGAGCUUGAGGGUCAGCUACAGCAGCUGAAGGAGGGAGUACAGAGACUCGAGACGGAGAGGGGAGACCUCUUUGCCAAGAUUGAGGCUGGUGAGGGAGUGAGUGAAGCCAUGAACCAGCUGAAGCAGGAAAACGCAAGUCUGCAAGAGAAGAUCAAAGAACUCCAAGAAAACCUGCAAUCUCAAACAGGGGAGAGUUCAAGCAAACAGGAAGCACUUCAUAAGCAAAUGACAGAGUUGAAAGGUCAGCUUCAGACAGAGCAGGACAAAUGUCAGAAGCUACAGUUGACGGUGGAUGAGAGGACGGAGAGGAUGAAUGCGUCUCAGCAGAAGCUGCAGCAAACAGAGGCUGAUCUCAAGACCAAGAAUGAGCUGCUGUUGGCUGCAGAGGCCGCCAAGACGAGUCAGAGGACCGACCUUGAGAACCACAUCAAGACUGCCCAGAAUGUUGUGGAGGAACGGAACACAGAGCUCGCCACACUACGGAACACGCUAGAACAGACUCAGGCGGAGUUGUCAGCGAAGAAGGACAAGAUCGUGGAGCAGGAGGGGCACCUGAAGGAGGAAGGGGAGAAACUGACCCACAGCAACAAAACUAACAACGCCCUGGAGAGGGAGCUCAAGGAGAAGAAAGACUUCCUGGCUGGUUUACUGAAGGAUAAGAAGGGAGUGGAGGACAGCCUGGCCAAGACAAAGAAGUCGCUGGAGGAGGUCACAAGCCAGAAACUACAGACAGAAAAAGACCUUGAAACUGCAAAAGCAGCUCACAGCAAAGAAGUAUCUAAACUUCAAAAGAAGAUGGAGAAAGACUCUGCUAGUUCUAACAAGUCUAGAGAGGACUUGCAGAAGCAGGUAACUGCUCUGACCGAGGAGAGGAACAAAGUAAGAGAAGAAAAGAUUGACGUUUCCACCGAGCUAGCAGAUCAUCUCGGCCAGCUGAAGACAAAGGAGCAGGAGUUAUCUGCCCUUAGGCAGAAUCUGGAGACUCUCAAGGCACAGAAAGAGGCAGAUGUUGGCAGUUUGAAGACAGAAAAUCAACAAAAAGCUGAAGAGUUCAAGCUGAAACUGUCCACCAUGGAGGAACUGCUGGGAGUGGAGCAGGAAUCUGUGAAAGCAAAAACAUCUGAGAUUGUAGAUUUGAACAAGAAGAUCAGUGAUCUGGACAGUAGUUGCACAGAGCUUGAUGGUGUGAAGACAGAUCUCCAGAGGCAGCUGACUGAACUAAAGAACCAGCUCAACAUACAGAUUACUGAGAAGACCAGUGUACAGAAGGACAUGCAGGAGAGUGUGGCCAGCAAGGAGAGGGAGAACACCGACCUGCAGACACAAGUACAGACCCUGACCGGCAAGUCUGGGGCCCUGGAGAAGAGUGUGGAGGAGUUGCGGACGUCGCUGCGUGAGGGGGAGGAGAAGCAGAAGCAACUGCAGGAGGAGAUAGCCAAGGCCAGGGACAGGGAGAAGGAGCUCAACAACUCCUUCGAGGAACUUAGCGAGGUGCGGACGGCCAUGAAUGGUCAAAUGCUGAAGUUGGACACAGAGCUGAAGGAGACAACAGCCGUCAGAGACCAGCUGCAGAAGCGGAAGGACUCCCUCGAGGAAGAGUUGUCUGCCCUGAAGAAGGCGUUCGAGGAGACGAAGGAAGCAUGUGUGUCAUACAAGAAGGACCGAGAGUCCAUGAGGGAACAGUUACAGACAGAACAGGAACAGAAGAAACAGGAGGUGUCAAGUCUGGAGGAAGCCAAGCAGAUCCUCAUCAACCAGAAGCUGGAGAUUCAGGGCAAACUGGAUUCCUUCGAGGAGCUGCUUGCACAGACGAAGAAUGAAACUGAGAAUGUGAAGUCCGAAUCCACCAAUAUUCAGCAAAUGCUGAGAGAGGAAAACUCAAGUCUUCAGACAAAACUGGCUACUGAGCAACAAGGACGAGAGACGUUGCAGAAGCAGAAGGAUGAGGAUGAGGCUCGGUAUGAGAUGCAGCUGUCUGUGCUCAACGAAAACUUGACCACUGUCCGGUCAGACCUGACGGUCAACCAGCAGAAUGUGGAGGACCUCACCAGGAUCAACGACGAGCUGAGGGGGGAGAAGCUAGAACUGGAAGCCAAACUGGAAAACAAUAAUGAAGAAAGAAGGAUGCUUGUUGACAGGUGCUUGACCAGUGAGAAGGAGUGCGAGAAGUUGAGGGAGAAAGUGACGGAAACGCGACGGAAGUUAGAUGAUACCCAGGCUGCCCUGCAUGAACUAGGCCGAGAGAACCAGUCACUCCAGAUCGUGAGCACAAAGGUACAGAACAGGAAGUGGGCGGAUGACAGCCAGGUGAUGGAGUGCAUGGGGUGUAACAAGGCCUUCUCCAUGACUGUGCGCAAGCACCACUGUAGGAACUGUGGCAACAUCUACUGCAAUGAAUGCUCCCAGAGGACGGCCACUGUGGCAGCCUCCAAGAAGCCGGUGAGAGUCUGUGAAACCUGCUACAAUGAAGUGGUGAACAAGAGGUGACGCGGCAGCCACUGACAUCCUCUCAAAGAAUCCUCAGGCGUGAUCAUGUGUUGCAGCCACCGAACAACCAGUAAUAUUCAUAUGAUUCUGGUUGACAUGAUACCAAAUAUAUUCCUAAAUUGGAAAGGAAUGUCACUGACAAGUAUUGUUUUUUGAAGACUUAAUAUAGUGUUUUUGCUAGGGCUGGGAUGAUACACCAACUAUGCAAACUGAAACGUAUCACGAUACUUGCAUGUGCUCUUUUCUGCGUGAGCCCUGGUUUUCAUAGACAGGAUGGCCAAAUUCCUGGCACACUAUCAAUCUUACAGUUGGCAGUGUCAAGUAUGGCGCAGUGGAUGAAAAUAUUUACGUUUUCACUACUCAAUUUCACUAGUAAUUAGUGUUUGGUGUAACAUUUAAUAAGAAUACUUUAAGGUAAAAAUCAAUACUUUUUCCUUUGUGUGCGAUUGUCAUCGAUACUUGUAUCGAGAAUUAAAAUAUCGCGAUCCACCGAUGCAUUGGUGUAUCGUUCCACUACUAGUUUUUGCAGGACGAGUGAAGUCAGUAUUGUUGAUGAAGAUUGUGUAUUAAGAGUCCAUUGCACUGCUAUUAGGGCUGGGACGAGUCCAAAUUUACUACCCGGGUACCCACCCUCCAAUUACCCAACCCUACCCGGGUGCCCACUGUAGGUCUCAAGAGAUACUAAAUAUCUGUUUGGAAUUUUUUUACCACAGCACUUGCAAAAUGUAUUUAGAUACAUGUAUUAAACAAUCUGGUCAUGCAUACACUGAAGAUGACUUAAGUUACACAUAGUUGUACAUGUAUCUUUAUUCAACCAUAUGAAAAGUCAGAAGGUAUGGGUGCAUAGUCAGAAAGAAAUGCGAAUAUUAGUGACUUGUAGUGUAACCAUAGAGUUCUAGAUAAUUUUUGUCAUUAAACAAUAUAUCACGUGACUAACCACGGGUCCGGGUAGGCCUGUGGGUACCCGGGUCCUACUCAGUACCCACCCGAUCCGGGUACCCGAGUUACCCGUCUCAGCCCUAACUGCUAUGUCACUUGCAGGUAGUGGAGGUUGUUGAACAUGUAGUUGAAUCUACAGACUUGAGAUGUGUGAAGAUGAUGUGACCGAACUCCUGUUCUAAGUUAUUUUUUAAUAUCUAACUGGGCCAUAAUGAAUUAAUAACGUGAUAAUUAUGAUGGGCAACUUUCAACUAACAUAUGAUAAUUUGUCACAACAAACUGCCUCUUUUUGAAACUUCUAAGCAGGGGUAAGAAUCUUCCGCGGAUCCGGGAAUUUCUACAAUUUAGUGACCACAAAUUUGUUAAAAUCUGAUGGCUUCCUUCAUAAACAGCCCAAUUUAUGGACCACGCUCCAUUGCUAAUAAGUUUCAGCUGAAAAGGAAAAUAUCCAUUCUCAUUCCUGUAUGAGAUUUCUUUUCCCUAGAAUGAUUCUUUCAAGAAAAUUAAAAACAAAAUGUCUCAGACCUGCAAACUAUGUCUAAAAGAACAAUGGCUUAAGAUUUAGGAAUUAAAUCAUUGUGGCAUUAGUCUCUUUCUUGAACACAACCAUCGUCACUGUUGCAGUCUUUGACCAAGAUUUGCUGAUUAAUACUGUAUUCUACGUAAUAAGCGCCCAGGGCACUCUCAAAAUUAGAAAUAGGGGGCUCUUAUUAGAAUAUUAUUUUGGUUAAAAAACAGAGUUGAAAGAUUGUAAAUUUCGUGGUUUAUACUGACAGCCUGAAAUGUUAAUGUACGACAGAUAUAUUUUUCCAGUAUGUAAUUGUCCACAAUUAAGGGUUCAUAUAAACACGCAAGUGAGUAUUAUUCAUGAAUAAAUAAGUCUUGUGUACAUUGAUCAAUCAGAAGGGGUGCUAAUUGGGAUUGUUCCCUAGCCAAUAUAUUAGCAAAUAUAGCCAUGGGCGCUAAUUAGAGCGGGGAGCUUAUUACGUCGACUACGGUAAGUCCUGAUGAAGAAACUAUCAGUCUGUAAGUCACUUUCAGAAAGCCCCUACCAUGCUGUUAUGAGUUGAGGUUAGAUAGUAAAUGUUUAUCCCAUGUAGGUUAGGAAAUGAAGGAUGUCGUUCUGAAAUAGCCAAGCAAAGGGAACCAUUCCAGAAGUUACUGUCUUGAAUUCCAAUUCUGUUGGAAGUCCUGUUAUCCCUGGCUGCUACAUUCCUCAGUAUUCUGCUCUUAAAUGUAACUAUCCUGACCUGCAUGAAUCCCAAGUACUCAUGUGAGGGUCGAUCUUACGACAGAACAUCAAAAAAUGGCUGCUACAACUCUCAUACGACACACCUACAACUCUCAUACGACACACCUACAACUCUCAUACGACACAGCUACAACUCUCAUACGAUACACCUACAACUCUCAUGUGACACAGCUACAACUCUCAUUCUACACAGCUACAACUCUCAUAGGACACACCUACAACUCUCAUAGGACACACCUACAACUCUCAUACGACACACCUACAACUCUCAUAGGACACACCUACAACUCUCAUAGGACACACCUACAACUCUCAUACGACAAACCUACAACUCUCAUAGGACACACCUACAACUCUCAUACGACACAGCUACAACUCUCAUACGACACACCUACAACUCUCAUACGACACACCUACAACUCUCAUACGACACACCUACAACUCUCAUAGGACACACCUACAACUCUCAUAUGACACACCUACAACUCUCAUACGACACACCUACAACUCUCAUGUGACACAGCUACAACUCUCAUUCUACACAGUUACAACUCUCAUAGGACACACCUACAACUCUCAUAGGACACACCUACAACUCUCAUACGACACAGCUACAACUCUCAUACGACACACCUACAACUCUCAUAGGACACACCUACAACUCUCAUACGACACACCUACAACUCUCAUACGACACAGCUACAACUCACAAACGACACACCUACAACUCUCAUACGACACACCUACAACUCUCAUACGACACAGCUACAACUCUCAUUCUACACAGCUACAACUCUCAUACGACACACCUACAACUCUCAUUCUACACAGCUACAACUCUCAUACGACACAGCUACAACUCUCAUACGACACAGCUACAACUCUCAUACGACACACCUACAACUCUCAUUCUACACAGACCCAUUAAUGUGGCAUCAGAUUGUCAUCCUACUUGUCUCACUUCAAACCCAGGAACCAUUUUCUUCAGGAGCCAUGACAGCUAUUAGUAAUUAUUAUUUGAAACUGUAAAAUUACUUGUUCAAGAAUUGAAGUCACAAAUUUGCAUUUGGGCUUAUGUGUUGAAAAUAGGCAUGAAAAAUAAGUGACACAUUGAAUGCCGUCCCUGAAGCAGCUAUGUGUUCCUCGUCUACAGUUGUGUUCCGACUGUUUCCAUUCCUUACAUUCCGUUAUGAAUGUUAACCCAAUAGCUUGUAAAGAUUGUGUUGUAUAACCUGCAUAUCUUAAACUGCAUAUCAUAUACACCCAACUGGAUGCUUUAUCGUCCUCGAGUAUCUUGUGUGUUAUAAUGCAUUUCUGUAUUGAUAUGUGCCAUGGACACAUUUGCCACCUCAGCUUUGAUUUUGAAGUAACAUCUUCUUACUCUCUCCUAUCACUAACUUUGCCCAGAAUUUCAAAUUCACUGUCUGGUACGAGUGAGUCCUUGAUAAUAUUAUGUUCAGUUAAAUCAGGAUACUGCAAUAAGCAUGGUAAGUGAUUUUUUUCCUUAAAAAGUUGUUUCCACAAGUAUUUAAGCAGGGAAACAGCCCUUAUGCCACAAGGCAUCCCUAGUAAUUUGAAUUGAUGAUGUCAGGUCAUUUCGCACCGAGUUAUUUGGGCUCAAUAUGAAGCUUUGGUGGAGAAUCAGUCAAGGAUAUUUAUCAUGAUAGAAUGGCAAUAUAGCAUCCUGGAUUAUCGAGGAUGAUGCUUGACAGGUAUAUAAUACCCUGGAUUAUCAAGGAUGAUGCUUGGCAGGUAUAUAACACCCUGGAUUAUCAAGGAUGAUGCUUGACAGGUAUAUAACACCCUGGAUUAUCAAGGAUGAUGCUUGACAGGUAUAUAACACCCUGGAUUAUCAAGGAUGAUGCUUGACAGGUAUGUAACACCCUGGAUUAUCAAGGAUGAUGUUUGACAGGUAUAAAUCCGGUGCAGUGAAAAUCAGUUUUGUUUUGACCUGCUUGUCCAGGAACCCAGUCUAGGCACCUACUGUUGGGGAUGGCUACAAAAUACAAGGGGACAAAACUUAGUACCGAUGAUUCGGUAAUCAAGACAAAUUCUCUGAGAAUGAUACCAUCCCAAUGAUACUGUGAUCAUAUGUUGAAUUAUUUGCUCUUGCAAAACAGUGAAUUGAAGUAAUAUCUUGUUAAUCUUGAUACUGAUUUGUCUUCAAAUGUAUUAUAUCCUAUGAUGUAUUGAGUGAGUUAAAAUUUUACAUCCCAUCUAUGAUGUACUGAAUUAUUUUGAAUUUUGUGUUCCUGGAAAUGAAUCGGUAUAUGAAUAUAUGAGUGGAUGGCUUACAUGUAUAGAUAGAUGAAUUGUGGUGGACGAUAAAUCUUAAGUAACUGAUCCAAGAAGUUGUACGAAGUAGGUUUCCAGAUACAUGUACGCUUAAAGUCCAUGUUAUCCCUGUGUAGCUUAUAGUACAUACACUUAGUUCAUCAUAAUCAUGUACCGUAUUCGAUGUAAUGAGCACCCAGGGCGCUCUCAAAAUAAGAAAAAGGUGGCUCUUAUUAGGCCUGAACUGUUUAUAUACGACAGAUAUAUUUUUCCUGAAUUUAA